AUAACUGUCGGGAAGGCUCCUGAAAGCUGGUACAACUUCAGUAGGCCGCCAGCGACCUUAUAUCCACGACGAAAAAAUCCCGUAUAUAUUUUUUUGUAUAUUCAGGAUGAUAAAAAAUAUGUUUGAAAGCGAUUAAGAGUCGAGGGUUGUUGUAGUGAGAUAUUGAAGUGAUUAUCGGUGGGUUUUUGUGAGUUUUUGUGGAGAGAUUUUCCAUUAAAUCGGUUCGCGGAAUCCAGAGCAACUGGUGGGUGGUUUUAAAAUUUAUUUUUCUCAAACGUUUCAGUUGAAAAUGAAAACAUCGAUUUGGAGCUUCGUAGUGUUGUAUUUACAAAUGGAAGGUUUUUUAUGUAACAUCGAUCAUUUAGAGCUACUAAUGCCUCGUUAUGCUAUUAAAGGUGGAGACGUUAUUUUACGAUGUAACCAUAGCGUACCUCCGGAGCAAUUGUAUAAAGUAGAAUGGCGAAAAUCAGAUAACAAAAUCUUCCAGUAUAUUAAGGGUAGGAAACCACCUUUUCGAUAUUUUAGUAUACCCGGGGCAGAAUUAGCGAAAACAAACACCAGUGAUAAACAAAUUCAACUUUCGAAAUUGGAUUUUUCAGCCUCGGGAUCAUAUUCAUGCGUCGUGUCUAUGGAUACACCAAUCUUCACCAAAGAUUCUGAAAUGAAAGAUCUCACAAUCAUUGAACCUCAAAAUUACGAUCCAAAAAUAACUUUUAACAAAAAUACUUACGAAAUCGGGGAAAUACUAGAAGCGAAUUGUACUACAGCCCCAUCGAGACCUCCACCGCAUAUCACUUGGUUAAUUAACAAUGAAAAGGUACCAGAUAAGCUUACUAAAUCGUAUUCGAAUGGAAUGAUACACGGUUACGGAUAUUUCGAUCAGAAAGCUGUUUCUAUAAAACAAUUAUCAAUCGAAGUGUCAGAUUUACACGUCGGUGAUGAUGGACAACUAACAUUAACGUGUAUGUCCACCAUACCUGGAUACGUCAAUAGUUUGGAAAAUUACGCAGAUCUACGAACAGCUAUAGCACACAUUGACAUUGAACUAACAGAAGGUCCCGUAGGAGAGGCUAUUUCGAACAUGACACCGAACGCUACGUCUUGGAAGAUGUGUUUAAAUUUUUCAUUGUUUUCUUUAUCGUUGUUUGCAACUUCUCUGAUGUGAAUAAUCGAUAUUACUAAAGAAAGUUGAAGGAAGCUAAAAGAGUAGAAGAGAAAUGAGUUGGUUUUAUUCUAUUUACCAUAAAAAUGAUAUUUUUUACGCUGCUGAGAAAAAUGAGUAGUGGCUAAAGUCUCAUUGUACUGAAAUCAUUCAUCUAUUUUCCAAAAAAAAAAAAGAAAACAAUAUUUUAUGGCUCAAGCUUUAUAGAAAACAACAAUAAAAAAACUUAUUUCUUAUACGUCAUUAAAAUCAAUAUCAAGUAAUUUGAAGAGAAAUACACACAAAGUAAAUUUUAUAAUACCCGUUCAUAAUCAAUAAAUUUGUUAAAGAAAAAUUGUAUAUCAAUUGAUCAUAAUCAUUUUCGGAAAACCGUCCAAAAACUUUACGUUAAAUUGUUAUCUUGCACGAAUUUGGCGGUUUUUGUAAUUUCAAAUUAUGGCGACGGAAAUAGAAAACGUGCCGGAAACUUCGACAAAGAUUCGAUUUGCAAUUAAUGCUACAACUUUAUCUUUUGUUCGAUAUUUUAGUAUUGAAUGGUUUCUGCAUAGGAAACAUUAGACACCACUGAAUUUAAAUCUACUGGUAAAACCUUUUAUAAUUUCAAUAUAUAAUUUAGUUAUAGCUCAAAUCGCGCUAAAGUAUUUAUUUUUUCAUGUGUGUAUGCUCAAAAUAAAUUUAUAUUACCGGUAGGUUUUAAAAAAUUUCAAACGUAUAUUUUGCUAUGUAUGAGAUAAGAUAAUUGAUUCAAAGUUUGUAAAUAAAGUCUUUUCACAGUUAUUUUGACAUUACCGUAUAAUGAAUUGGCUUUUGUAACUUGUUGCAGGGUAUAAUUACCGUGUUUUUGGUUUAAAACAAAAUAUGAAAACGUCUAACUUUAUCUAAAGAAGAAAUAUAUAAAUAUUUAUAUCACUCGAUACUUUUUUGUACUAAAUGGAUAACUAAGAAAUAUAUAAGAGCUUGUAUAUAAUAUAUGUGUGAAUUUAUGAUGAAGUUCGAUGGAACGCACAUUUAAAUAUAAUUUAUUUAUAUCAAUUAAGACACAGGAUUUUUUCAAAGACUAAUUAUUUUUCUAGUUUUUUAGAAAUUGUCAUAAAAAGUUUCAAAAGUUCGAUUUUGAUCACUAAUAAAGUGAAUAUCACAUACUAGUGAUCAGAUAGCAUAAACGACUGAAGUAUAAAAAAACUGAUGAUCUUACAUAAUUGAUUUUUUUUGUAAUUUUUACUAUACUGUUUCGACUUUAAUGAAAUGACCAAUUCUGUUUUGUAUUUUAUUCUAAAGAUUAUUAGCUGCGCCAUCUAUUACAAGUAUAUAUCUUUAAUAAUAAAGACAUCUACAAAACGGAAAGUUCGUAGCGUAUGACGUAGCUGUCAGAGGCGUCCUGUUUAAAAAUAUCUUUUCUUGGUUCUAGAAAUUUUUCUUUAAUUCAAAAUCUAUUCAAUUGUAGAGAUUAUAUUCCAUUUCCACUGAAAUUCUCGGGGUUUUUUCCAAUACAAGUUGAAUGAUGUAGCAAGUCUGUUAAUAGAUGACAGUAUCUAUUUUCAAAAAUUUAUAGGUUAUACUUUAGCUCUUCAUUUUUUCAGAAAGACUUCAAUUAUAACUCGAGAUAUUUUUAAACUGUAACUUUUUUAUUUAAAAUAUUUUAAAAUCCUGUGCAAUAUAUUUGAGUUUACCAAUUUUAUUUUUAAUAAUCAAUUGUAAUAUAUUUUUUUAUUUAUAUUUUCUACACACACAAUCUUAUUGUUGCUGUUAAGAAUAUGUAUUUAUUCAGAAUAUAUAAACGAUAUAUUAUAUAUCUAUGUUAGCAUCAUAAGUAUUUUGAUGUUUUUGAAAAUGAAAACGGAGAUUUUAUAUUGGUAAAGAUGUGGAUAUCUAUUAUCAUAUAUAUUAAUUGGGUUUUUUUCGUUAUAUACGUAAUUUAAAACGGUCAAUAUCUAAUAGGCAAAACUAAACAGGUUAAUGUAAUGCAAUCAAGUACUAUACGAAACAAUCAUUUUUAAAUGAAAAUUUCGUUUCUCCAUAGGUAUUUUUUUUUUCAAAAAGGUGAUACGGUAAAAUUUUCACCAACUAGGAAUUUAACCAAUAGUUAGUGAAAUAAGAUAUUUUAUAAGUAUUAUGUUAUAUGCUUUGCGGAGAUCAAUAAAUAUCGAAAGUAAAUGACAUAAGUUGCUUCUCUGGGAUCUGCCAAAACUUCUAAUUUCUUAUACAGUAUUAUUUCGAAUUUUUUUUUAUUAUAUAAUUAUAUAAAAUCGUUUAUAAAAUAAUCUUGUUGUCACUAAUAAGUGGAAUAAACAAACUUUUAAACAUAUCAUUUUAAGCAAUAUUUCAUUAUUGUUCAAAUAUACUGAAAAAAAGUACCUAUGAAUUUAGACAAGGCCCUUUUAUUUCUGUCAUUUUUACAUAUCGCUAGAAUUUAAAAAACAGAAAAAAUAAGGUAGGUACUGUG